GGGACCGCCGGAAGUCGUUUACCCGGCACUUCCGGCCCUGCCUUUCCCUCCUUUACCAAGAUGGCGGCGCCCACGGAGGCUCCCGGCGGCGCGGCCGCCUCGGGCUUCCUGGGCUUCCGGGCCGAGUCCCGCGAUCCCGGCGCCCCCGGCAAGCGGCGCCCCCGGGGCGGCCGCCACCGCAAGAAGGGCUGGAAGCGCUGGGCGGGGCCCGAGGCGCGGCUGGGCCGGGAGCUGGGCGCCUUCCUGGAGGACGUGGGGCUGCAGCAGCGCGCGGCCGGGGGCCUGGUGGCCGAGAAGCCGGACGAGAGCCUCUUCUUCCUGGAUACGGGCAGUGAGGAGAAAGACCGCGAGCUGAACCGAGGCAAAGAGAAGCCCCUGCGGAUAGACCUCAUCCUGCAGCCGGAUUCCAAGGUGCCGGCUCCCAAAGACAUUUUGGCCCACCAGGUCCCCAACGGGAAGAAGCUGAAGCGGAAGCAGCGGCUGUGGGAGAAGCUGGCGGAGCGAGGCGUGGUGCCCCGAGAGCAGCGCCUCCUCCUGGCCCGCCUGCAGCACGCGCAGCCAGCAACCGCGGAGCCCUCGCACGGCCAGCAGGGGGCGGGAGCCCAGCCGGCUGGGGGCUUCUACGACAUCUGGUCAGACACAAACCCGCUCGACCGGCCGCUGGCCGGGCAGGACGCCUGGUUCCUGGAGCAGACCAAGAAGCAGAGAGUGCGGCGCCCCGCCAGGCUGGAGACGAAGCCGUCGGAGCUGCCGGCCGUGGAAGUCAUCCCCGCGGGGGGGUCCUACAACCCCACGUUCGAGUCCCACCAGGCGCUGCUGCUCCAGGCCCACGAGGUGGAGCUCAGGCGGCAGAAGGCCGAGGAAAAGCUGCAGAGGCAGCUGCGAUUCCCCACGGCGGCCGAGGCCCCCACCCAGGCGACGACCUUCCGGGAGCAGUGCGAGGGGCUGCUCGAGGAGUCGGCUGACGAGGGGGGCGAGGAAGAGGCGCCCGAUGAGCCCCCAGCCCCCGGGGCCCCCCCACCUCUGGCCCCCUUGCGUGAGAAGAAAACAGAGCAGCAGCGCAGGAGGGAGAAGGAAGCCAAAUUCCUGGAGGCCCGGCGGCUGGGCGAGAAGGCGGCGCGGUGCCGGCGGCAGGAGCUCUUCCAGCUCCGCUCCAUCCGGCUGCAGGUGAAGCGGCGCGAGGCCGAGCUGCUGCGCCGGAGGCGGGCGCGGCUGGCGAAGAGACGGGCUGAGGCCACCAAGCCCCGGAGGCUGGGCAGGCUGAAAUACGAAGACCCCGACCUGGAGGUGCAGCUGAGCACGGAGCUGGCCGAGUCCCUGCGGACGCUGAAGCCCGAGGGCAGCAUCCUGCGCGACCGCUUCAAGAGCCUGCAGAGGAGAAACCUGAUUGAGCCCCGCGAGCGAGCCAGGUUCAAGAGGAAAUACCGGCUGAAGUACGUGGAGAAAAGGGCCUUCCGCGAAGUCACGUUGUAACGCUGACGCCCCUCGGCUCCUCGCUGCGUCCGGCGCUGCCCGUUUGUACCAACGAUCUAUUAAAGCCCUGGGCACCUCCCGUCA